AUGGGCUACAAUAACAACAACGGCAUGUUGAACAGGCCUGAGACAUCUGCAACAUUCAAUACUUUUUCCGAUGGUCCAGCGAGUCCAACGUUAAGUCACAGCGGCUCAACCGUAGUUCCUCCAGGAGAUGGUCCUUACUUUGGCGAAUCCGGUAGAAGGGAUACGAAGGGAAAGACCAUGACGGGUAUGACAGGUAUGACGGGUUCGACGAGUGAGUCCGGCGAGAUGGAAAAUGACCCCUUCGGUCACCUCUCUCCCCACGAAGCCGAGAUUCUCAGGAGACAAGUCAUAACCCCCGAGGUGAAAAGCGGCGUCUCUACUCUCUACCGGUAUGCGUCAAGAAACGACUUAAUCAUCAUGGCCGUAAGCGCCAUCGGUGCGAUCGCCGGUGGUGCUGCUAUGCCUCUCAUGACGGUCAUCUUUGGCAAUCUUCAAAAUACAUUCCAGGGCUUCUUCCUAGGCACGGUAUCUCACGAUGACUUCAUAAGUAAGAUGAGCAGCCUGGUGUUGUACUUCGUCUACCUGGCUAUUGGCGAGUUCAUUGCUAUGUACGUCGCAACCGUUGGUUUCAUUUACACCGGAGAAAACAUCAGCAGCAAGAUUCGAGAACACUACUUGGAGAGCUGCAUGAAGCAGAACAUUGGCUAUUUCGAUAAGCUCGGCGCCGGCGAGGUCACUACCCGAAUCACUGCAGACACGAACUUGAUCCAGGAAGGUAUUUCGGAGAAGGUUGGACUGACGUUAACGGCCAUCGCAACAUUUGUCUCCGCUUUCGUCAUCGGUUUCGUCUUCUACUGGAGGCUGACGCUCAUCCUGUUCUCCGUGGUCAUUGCUCUGAUUCUCGAUAUGGGUAUUGGCUCAUCGUUCAUCGUCAAAUACACCAAGGACACGAUUGGCGCAUAUGCGGCAGGAGGCAGCGUUGCUGAAGAAGUCAUUAGCUCCAUCCGAAACGCUAUGGCUUUUGGUACCCAGGGUCGUCUGGCGCAGCAAUAUGACGCGCAUCUCAUCCGCGCCGAAUACUUCGGUUUCAAGAAAGCAACCGCGACAGCCCUUAUGGUUGCUGGUAUGAUGUUGAUCGUGUACGCCAACUAUGGCCUGAGUUUCUGGAUGGGCAGCAAGUAUCUCGUCGACGGUGCCGUUUCACUGUCUAGCGUGCUCAUUAUCAUGAUGUCCAUUAUGAUAGGUGCAUUCAACUUGGGCAAUAUCGCCCCUAACCUCCAGGCGUUCGGUACUGCUCUUGCGGCUGCCGCCAAGAUAUUUAACACUAUUGACCGCAUGUCCCCAAUGGAUCCUACCGUCGAGACGGGGACCAAACUAUCAAAGGUAUCUGGUGCGAUCCGUCUAGAAAACGUCAAACACAUAUACCCUUCGCGACCCGAGGUUACCAUCAUGAAGGGCGUGACCCUGGAUAUCCCAGCAGGCAAGACGACUGCAUUGGUUGGGACUUCCGGAUCCGGAAAGAGUACUAUCGUCGGUCUUGUCGAGCGAUUCUACGACCCGGUAGAAGGAAGAGUCUUACUAGAUGGCCACGAUGUUAGCACACUGAACCUCAAAUGGUUGCGUCAACACAUCUCCCUCGUCAGCCAAGAGCCGACCCUGUUUGCCACCACGAUCUACGAAAACAUCAAGAACGGUCUUAUCGGCACGAAAUUUGAACACGUGAGCCCUAUUAGGCAAACUGAACUAGUUAUCGAAGCCGCUAAGAAGGCCAACGCUCAUGACUUCAUCUCAGCUCUACCCGAAGGUUAUGAAACGAACGUUGGUGAACGUGGAUUCUUGUUGUCCGGUGGUCAAAAGCAACGAAUUGCCAUCGCACGUGCUAUUGUCUCGGACCCUAAAAUUCUCCUACUUGAUGAAGCUACUAGUGCUUUGGAUACUAAGUCUGAAGGCGUCGUCCAAGCCGCAUUGGAGGCCGCUGCUCAAGGUCGCACAACCAUUACCAUUGCUCACCGUCUCUCUACCAUCAAGGAUGCUCACAACAUCGUCGUCAUGUCUAAAGGUACUAUUAUCGAACAGGGAACCCACACUGCUCUCCUGGAGAAAAAUGGAGCAUAUGCCAGGUUGGUCAACGCACAGAACAUUGCUACCGCCAAUGGACCGAGUCCUGAGGAACAGGCUAAGAUUGCCAACCGCGAUGAAUUGCUCGUUCGUAGAGCUUCUAAGCGCCUGUCUUCGCGAUUUUCUAAGCGAUUUUCGCGACCGGUUGAGCUUAGCUUCCUCGAUGACCCUGAACCACCUAUGCCGGAUAUUAAACUCACUCGCCCAGUAACUCGGGGAUCUGUGUCUAGCAAGGCUAUCCACCACAUGGAGCCCGAAGAGGAGAACCACGAGUAUGGACUUUGGGUGUUGAUCAAGCUGAUUGCGUCAUUCAACAAAGAGGAAUGGAAGCUUAUGGUUUGGGGUCUGUUCUGGUCCAUCAUUUGCGGAGCUGGUAACCCGACUCAAGCAUUUUUCUUCGCCAAGCAAAUUCUCACCUUAAGUGUACCUCUUACCCCGGCCAACAGUGCAGCAGUCAAGAAAGAAAGCGACUUCUGGAGUGGUAUGUUCCUUAUGCUGGCGUUUGUCAUGUGCAUAGCGUAUAUUUCUCAGGGUGUUGCCUUCGCCAGGUGUUCUGAGCGACUCAUCCACCGUGUCAGAGACAGGGCUUUCCGGACUAUGCUGCGCCAGGAUGUCUCUUUCUUCGACAAGGACGAGAAUACUGUCGGUGCUCUCACAUCCUUCUUGUCGACCGAGACCUCUCACGUAGCCGGUCUUAGCGGCGUCACCCUCGGAACUCUGCUUAUGGUCACCACCACGCUUAUAACUGCAAUGGUUGUUGCUCUGGCGUUUGGCUGGAAAUUGGCUCUUGUCUGCAUUUCUACGAUUCCGGUUCUACUUGCUUGCGGUUUCUUCCGAUUCUGGAUGCUUGCGCAUUUCCAACGCCGUUCUAAGCAGGCCUACGAACAAAGUGCUUCGUAUGCGUCUGAAGCCAUCUCCGCGAUUCGCACUGUUGCAUCUCUAACCAGAGAAGGAGAUGUCCUUAACCAGUACAAAUAUUCUCUUGCCAUCCAGCGAAAGAGUAGCUUGGUUUCCAUCUUGAAGUCGUCGAUCCUCUACGCUGCGGCCCAAUCUUUCAUCUUCCUGGCCUUUGCCCUUGGUUUCUGGUACGGUGGAACUUUGAUCGCCAGCCACGAAUAUAACUUGUUCCAGUUCUUCGUCUGUUUUAUGUCCGUCAUCUUCGGCGCUCAAUCAGCCGGUACUGUCUUCUCUUUCGCUCCCGACAUGGGCAAGGCGCACUCCGCUGCCGGCGAACUGAAGACCCUCUUUGACCGUCAACCAAACGUCGAUACCUGGUCUGACGAAGGUGCCCCUAUUCACAAGGUCGACGGUACCGUAGAAUUCCGAGAUGUCCAUUUCCGUUACCCCACUCGCCUUGAACAACCCAUCCUUCGUGGUCUUAACUUGACUAUCCGCCCUGGCCAAUACGUUGCUUUGGUCGGUGCUUCGGGUUGUGGUAAGAGUACUACAAUCGCCCUACUAGAACGAUUCUACGAUCCUCUUGUCGGUGGUGUCUACGUCGACGGCAAGGAUAUUAGCGGCCUCAAUGUCAACCAGUACCGAUCACAUAUCGCUCUCGUAUCUCAAGAACCCACGCUUUACCAAGGCACUAUUAAAGAGAACAUCCUGCUCGGUUCUGGCCGUGAAUCCGUUCCCGAUUCGGCAAUUGAAUUUGCUUGCAGAGAAGCUAACAUCUACGAUUUCAUCCUAUCUCUACCAGAUGGCUUCAACACCAAGGUCGGUAAUAAGGGUACCUUGCUCUCUGGUGGUCAGAAGCAACGUAUCGCUAUCGCCCGUGCCCUGAUCCGCGACCCUAAGAUCUUGCUCCUGGAUGAAGCUACCUCUGCUCUCGACUCCGAAUCUGAACACGUCGUGCAAGCUGCUCUGGACAAGGCCGCAAAGGGUCGAACCACGAUUGCCGUUGCGCAUCGUCUAAGCACGAUACAAAACGCCGAUGUCAUCUACGUGUUCGACCAAGGCAGAGUUGUUGAGGAGGGCACACACUACAACCUAAUGAGAAAGGGCGGAAGGUACGCCGAGUUGGUCAACCUGCAGAGCCUGGAGAAGCGGUAG